GAGACGCGCCCAGCCCUGACUGACACCUCGAUGACGUAAGCGGCAUCUGGGUGUACAGAGCGGUAUUUGACGGUGAGGAUGGGUGGCUGUGGUGAAGCGGCUCACAGAUUGUUGGAGAAAGAACCCAGCCCACGUCCCGAGUGAGCUUUGGCCGCGCUAUUUUGAGGGUGUGUACUCGUGCCACGGACAGUGCCAAAGUAUUGGAAUGACUGAAGCCUGAGUUAGUUUGGUCAGAAGCUGUUAGGAUUCUGGUCAGUGUGACUCAUGGCUGUGCGGUAAACUGAACUGAGACUCAGUGGAAUCACAGAGGGAAUCUUCACGUUUUCUUUUGGCUCUUGUUUGAUUUCCCAACUGCUGAAGAUGCUACUAACAAGAACUCUCCUGUUAUGUUUUCUGUGUUGGUCCAAGUGGAGUUCAUCCAUGGAGAUUCCAGAAGAUGCUUUCAUUCAUGAAAUAAUUCAGCAGCCUCCUACUAUAACGGAGCAGUCGCCCAAGAGGCAUGUUGUGUAUCCGACUGAUGAUUUCAUUAUCAAGUGUGAAGCCAGAGGAAAUCCAGCACCCCAUUUUCGGUGGACCAAGGAUGGCAAAGAAUAUGAUCCAUCACAGGACCCCAGAAUGAAUACAACUAUAAACUCGGGGUCAUUUGUGAUGAAAAACAACAAUGGCAAUUUGAACACUUUUCAGGGAAAAUAUCAUUGUUAUGCUAGCAAUGAACUGGGGACAGCAGUAUCUGAGGAAAUUGUUUUCAGCACUGCAACUAUCCCCAGAUUCCCUAAGGAGAGCAUGAAACCCAUUAAGGUGGAGGAAGGGGAGUCUGUGGUGUUACCAUGUAACCCUCCCAAUGGGCCACCACCAUUAAAUAUUUAUUGGAUGACCAGCAAGAUACAACGCAUCCAACAGAACAGCAGAGCAUCCCAAGGACUUAACGGAGACCUUUACUUUUCAAAUGUGCAGUUAACUGACAGUCGGGAUGACUACAUUUGUUUUGCCCAUUUUUCCAGAACGAGAACAAUUGCCCAGAAAGAGCCGAUCAGCCUGAUUGUUACAGCCUUUGCACAUCCCAAUGACACAGAAUCACCUGUUAUUGACAAUGGCCUGUCUGCUGCAAAUUCAAUAAAAGAUCGCCUUCCAAGUUUUCUGGCACCUUCCAGUAGCAGCACAGAGAUAACUACACUACGAGGCGAAACUCUUCAACUGGAAUGUAUUGCUGAAGGGCUUCCAACACCACAGAUCUCUUGGUCUAAGAUGGAUGGUGAAAUGCCCAAACAUAGAGCAACAGAAGAGAAUUUUGGUAAAACUUUGAAGAUAAUUAAUGUGACAUUACUUGAUCACGGGAGAUAUCAGUGCAAGGCUGAAAAUGCAUUUGGAGCCGUGAAGCAUUCUUUCUCUGUUACAGUGGAAGCUGCUCCUUACUGGAUCAAAAAACCCAACAGCAAAGUAUACUUUUCAGGAGAAAAUGCUGUAUUGGAAUGUGAGGUGGAUGGUAAUCCACGACCUGAAGUCCAAUGGAAAGUGAAUGGGAAGCGUCUCGAUGAGACACCUCCAGCAAUAAAUCGCAAGAUUUCUCCGGGCGUUAUCACUCUCACAAAUCUGCAGCUGAAUGACAGUGCAGUCUAUCAGUGCGAAGCCUCUAAUAAACAUGGAUCCAUUCUUGCCAACGCAAUUGUCAAUGUCCUGAAUCUUGCCCCGAUGAUGCUGACUCCUGAUAAUCAACGAUACAUUGCAAUAGAAGGGGGAGUGACUCGUCUCCACUGUAAAGUGUUCGGCUCUCCUAUACCCACUGUAUUCUGGCUAAAGGAAGACAUGGAAACACCACUUGAGGGCUCUAAUUAUCUUGUGCACAAAAAUAAUACUUUGGAAAUAAAUAAUGUUCAGAGGGAAGAUGCUGGAUUCUACACGUGUUGGGCAAUAAAUGAAAUGGGAAAUGAUACAACUACCUGCAUGUUAAAAGUCAGGGUUGCGACAGAAAUAGUGACUCCUCCCAAGGAUCUAAUGAUACAGAAAGGCGCGACGGCCCCGUUUAAAUGUCUUGCUGAAUAUGAUUCUGCUUUUGAAAAUGACUUUGAGUUAUCAUGGAGAAAGGAUGGGUUUGAAAUUUACAGUGAACAGACAGAGAAUGACAGAAUUAUCAUGGAUGAUGAUAUGCUUCAAAUUAUUGAUGUAAGUGAAGAUGAUGAAGGGACUUACACUUGUGUCGCUAGAACUUCCAUGGACAGUGAUACGGCAGAUGCAAAGCUUCUUAUCCUUGAUGUUCCAGAGCGAUCAAAAAAUGUGGUAUUGUCUGUUCUGCAAAACAGGACUGUAAGAUUAACAUGGGAGCCUGGUUAUAGCCACAAUACUCCCAUAACAGAGUUUAUUGUGGAAGAAAGUACAUUUGAACCUGGAAGGUGGCAUGAAAAGUCUCGAGUUAAUGGGAAUCAAACGUCAGUCGUCUUGCAACUCUCCCCUUAUGUGACCUAUCAGUUCCACGUGUCCGCUGUCAAUAGGGUGGGCAAAAGUCGCCCUAGUGUGCCGACAGAAAAACACACAACACAAUCUGCAGCUCCUGAGAAGAAUCCAAAAAAUGUCAAAGGAGAAGGAACAAAUAUCAACAAUAUGAAAAUUUCAUGGGAGCCACUGAAACGCGUUGACUGGAAUGGGCCCGGACUGAAGUACAACGUUAGUUGGAGACUACAAGGCGUUGACACCAAAUGGCAUGCACAUACAGGCAACAAGCAUCAUCACUUUGUUGAGAAUACCCCAACAUUUGUACCUUAUGACAUCAAAGUACAAGCCAUAAACGAUAUUGGAGAGGGUCCUGAACCAAAGAUUGUAACAGGAUAUUCAGGAGAGGACUUUCCUGAAGCUGAACCUUUGAAUGUUGCUGUUGAAAUCAUGAGCAGUACUUUAAUUAAAGUCAGAUGGUAUGAAGUACCAAAAGAAAAAAUUCACGGACACCUGGGAGGUUAUAAGAUUGUGUAUUGGAAAAUAAAAAGUUUGUUGGAGAGGAGAAAAAGACAUGCUGAAAAACAAGUCCUCACUUUCAGUGGACAACGCAGCCAAGGGAUGGUCCCUGGCUUGGACCCUUACAGUGAAUACGGCCUGAUUGUGAUGGUCUUUAACAGAAAGGGUGACGGGCCACAAAGUGAAUUAAUCACUUUCAAAACGCCAGAAGGAGUUCCAGAACAGCCUGCUUUUCUGAGAAUUGGGAAUUUUGCCAAAAGCUCCGUGACUCUGUUGUGGGGGCCUCCAGCAAAACCGAAUGGCAUUCUGAUUGGUUAUUUGCUGAUGUACCAACUCAUUAAUGACACAGAAGGAGAAUUUGGUGAUUUGAAUACCAUUAAUAUCACGGACCAUGACACAAGCAAGGUACUGGUGUCUGACCUUGACACAAACAGCAAAUAUAUGUUCUACCUGAGAGCUUACACCAAAGCUGGUCUUGGGAGUCUUAUUAUGGAAGAAGGAACAACGGUUACAGAAGGAGUUCCAGUCUUGCUGAACAUCAGUUCUUCUGUAAGUGCAACAUAUGCAAACAUCAGCUGGAUUCCAGGAAUGGGACAUGUAGCUUCUGAAUUUUAUGUUGCAUACAUGAAUAACCGUAAAGGUAAAUGGAAGAUUUCAGACGCAGUAAAUGUUUCCCACAAUUUCCACAUCUUAGAAGGGCUAGAACCUGGAACUGAAUAUACAAUCCGUCUAAUGGCUAAGAACUGGUUUGAUAACACUAGCAUUUUUGAAGAUGUUAUAGAAACGAGGGGAAAAGCUUAUGCAGGAAUACACGAAGGAAUAUCUACACGAGGAUGGUUUAUUGGCCUAAUGUGUGCCGUGGCAUUCCUUACCUUGAUUUUAUUAAUUGCUUGUUUCAUAAAGAGAAACAAAGGAGGAAAAUAUUCAGUUAAAGAUAAGGAAGAUGCUCGGGCAGAUCCAGAAGCACAGCCAAUGAAAGAAGAAACUUUUGGAGAAUACGGAUCUUUGGAAAGUGACAAUGAAGACAAACCUUUGAAAGAAAGUCAGCAAUCACUGAAUGAGGGAGUGAAACCAACGGGAAGUGAUGAUAGUUUGGCAGAGUAUGGAGAUGGCGGAUCAGAAGGGGAAUUUAAUGAAGAUGGCUCAUUCAUUGGACAGUACAGUGGAAAUAAAGAGAAAGAUGUCGAUGGAAAUGGAAGCUCUAUCGCCACUUCUCCAGUUAAAGCAUGAGUAACAUGUUCAUGAACUUCACUUGCCUUCUUAAUAUAUUUGUGAUACAACUGAAAAAUUUGGUGCGUUUGAAUUAACUCAGAUUGCCAACGUGUUUAAGAUAAGAAAAUAAAAUGUUUAUGGCCCACAAAGAAGACUUAAGUGAUGUACAAAUAUUUGGUAAAAUUUAAGAUAGAGAACACAUUUGGUUGCAGACGAUAUAUUGUGCAAAAUUCUUUAUUCUGAGGGAUAUAUUGUGCAAAGUCCAUGUAAAAUAUAAGUGUCUGUAGAUUCAUAACAGAAAUGGUUUCAGUUGCUGGCACAGUGACAUACAACCAUUUAAAUCCUUGCUGCCGUUAGCAGAUUUAAGUCUUUAUUGUUGUGGUUAGUUUGUGGCUUGUGACCGACCCUAAAUGCUCAGAAGUUAGGAACCUGCAGAAAUAUAAUUGCCAUAAGGAGACCAACACCUGGUACACUGAUAUCUCUUAUUGCAAGGGUAUGAAAGCUCAAAGGACAGUGAAUUGUACUACUGUUUUUUUUUAAUGAAUAGUACAUCUUUCAAUAUAACA